UGAAAGUGUAAUUAAACAAAACUUUUAAACACCGCCAAAAGUCGCAUUUGAUGAGCAACUGUAGUCGUGUUUCUUUAGCAAUCCCAAAUCCAACCGUUCAAACUGUCGAUCAAAAUGCAUAAUUUCCGAUCCCAAAUGCUUCCAACUCAAAAUCACUGUCGGCAGCUGAAGCAAUCCCAUCUUAGAUCGCUCCUAUUUAAUCUCUGUGAUUUCCGCGCAAGCGUAGAAACUCAUUACCCGCUAGAUUUUCGAAGGAAAUCGAAGUUUUAUCCCGUUUGUUGCAGAUCUUAGUUGCGUCUUCGUGCCUUGAAGAAGAAAAGACGAGCUUUUUUGCUGAACCCUUUUGAUUUUUAGCAUAUUAAGUUGAAAAGGAAAAGCUGAUUCUUUUUUGGUUUGAGAAUUUGCUUGUGGCGGGUGUUGUGAUUGGAGGUGAUUACUUGAAGAUUUUGAAAGAUCUGUGCUUGUUUAAAUCUUAUUGGGAUUCGCAAUGCUGUGUCGCAGGGGUUGAAUUUGUUGCCUGUGUGAAAUGGUUUUUGGAUUGGAAUCUGAAAGUCCCAUAUUCAGAAAAAGUGAUGUUUUUGGUGGAGAUUUUAGAUUCUUGAUGAAGUUGAAGUAGUAGUGAAGUGAGUGGAGUGUUUAUUCGAUACUCGGUGUUUCUUAAUUGGAGACAUUUCUCUGUUUCUGGGUGAGGAGAGAGAGAGAUAGCAAUGUUUUGGAGGGAGAGAGAUAGGGAGAGGGAGAUCAAAGAGCAAAAUGGUGGGCCACCUGUUGGGCAGGUCAGGGUGCUUGUUGUUGGGGACUCAGGUGUCGGUAAGACUUCUCUUGUUCAUCUGAUAAUGAAAGGUUCUUCCGUUUCUCGCCCUUCUCAAACUGUUGGUUGUAGCGUAAGUGUUAAGCAUACAACCUAUGGAAAUUCUGGUAGCUCGUCUAGUAGCUUGAAAGGUGAGUCUGAGAGAGACUUUUUUGUUGAGCUCUGGGACAUAUCAGGGCACGAACGUUAUAAAGAUUGCCGGUCUCUGUUCUACUCUCAAAUUAAUGGUGUUGUGUUUGUUCAUGACCGUUCUCAAAGAAGGACAAAGUCGAGUUUACAAAAAUGGGCUGCUGAGAUAGCAGCAACUGGAACAUUUUCAGCUCCUUUGGCAUCCGGAGGUCCUGGUGGGCUCCCCGUUCCUUAUAUUGUCGUUGGUAAUAAAGCUGAUAUUGCUCCAAAAGAAGGCACUCGAGUCAGUAGUGGCAAUCUCGUUGAUGUAGCCCGUGAGUGGGCUGAGAAACAGGGAUUACUUCCACAAAGUGAAGAACUUCCAUUAGUCGAGAGCUUCCCUAGUGGCGGAGGCCUUAUAGCAGCUGCCAAAGAAGCCAGAUAUGACAAGGAAGCUGUGAUGAAGUUUUUCAAAAUGUUGAUCAGGAGAAGGUACUUCUCGGAUGAAUUACCCGGUGCAGCCCCGUGGUCCACCCCAAAUAGUCGACCAAUGCCACAAUCUGGCGAAAUCUCAAGUGACGAAGACCAUCUGUACAAGAAUUCGAGCCUGAUUGGAGAUUCGUACAAGUACAACGUGCUUCCUCCCCUUCCUGCUCAACGUAACCUGACACCACCCCCCACACUCUACCCACAGCAGCCCAUGUCGACUCCUGACAAUUACAGCAUCCCCAGAUUUGCCCUCACGAGCUCCCACGAGAUCACCAGCACGAGGUCAAAACGUAUGGACAUCAAUGUCUAGCUAACGACGUUCCACUGGUGUGCUCUUCAUCACGUGCAUCUUCGACUGCAGUAGAUACGGUCUCUUGCAAUAUAGUGUGUUUUUUUUAUUCAUUUAAAUGUGAAAUGAAAAUUGAUUGGGCACAGCCAUUUUUUGCCAUUCUUGUAUUUCCUUGGUUCUUUUUCAACAAUUAUGUAAGGGAGAAUGUUGAAUUUCAGGCUUCUUUUUGUUAUUUGACAUUUUACUAUUUUUAGAGAUACACUUGAAAUUUAUGUAAUAACACCCAUUAGUGUGAAAUCUAUUUUUGCCAUUUCAAAACAA